AGUAAAAACAAAAACUUUGUUUUGUGGGCCUUUAACUAAAGAAACUUCACAUCCCUGGGCAAGGGGGUUAAAAGUCCUCAGCUGCUGCAUUUGGCCCACAGCCAUAGUUUGAGGACUCCUGAGUGAUUCAAUCCAAAUCAACUAGCCCCCCAAAAAGGAAGAAAUUAGCCAAUACACAGCAUCUGUGUCUGCCCACUGCCCGCAAAUUGGUACCUGGGAAAAUCAGAACAAGGUCAUCUCCUCUUAUUAUAACUUUUUGCAGUUGAGUGAAAUUAUGGCACUAGUCCAAGAUUGCCUGGAUGUUUCAUUCAUAUUUCCUAAUGGCUACAAGAGUACUUCCUCGCCACCUGUCAUCCUACAUGAAAGGAAGAUCAGAGAUGAUGGGGUGAGGAAGAUGUUCUCACCUUCCCUAUAUUAGUACCGAUAAAAUCCACCUGAUAAAAACCUUCCCAUAAGAGACACUGGAAUUCACUGAAGACGAUCAGAUCUGCAGAAGAGAAAAGUUUUUGAUGAUUUAGACACUUGGUGGAUCACAGUACUCCAUCAAAUGGCUCUCAAUUCAACAUCUUUGCUAAAGACUUGAAUGAAGGAGUAGAUGAUAUGCUUUCAGAAGAUAACAGAGAGGAGAGAUCAAUAUGUUGCAUGACAGAAUCAAGAUCCAAGAAAAAUCAGACUUUGAAAGAGCAAGAUGAGCCAGUUUCCAUCCCUCAGGCAUCGCUAUUUGCACCUGGAACUGUAUCAAGGCUACUUUCAGCGAGCACUCCUAACCACUUAAAAUAUUUGUCUGCACCUACAAGAAGCAGCUAUUUCAUUCACUUGUGCAAAAGUCCUCAAAUAAAUACAAAAGCAUGAAGGUGGGAGAGCUACUAGAACCAAGACUCUUUUUACCUAUACCCAGUCAUGUUCCGCCUCUACGACACGGAUGGCAAUGGCUUCCUGGACAGUUCGGAGCUGGAAAAUAUCAUCAGCCAGAUGAUGCACGUGGCCGAGUAUCUGGAGUGGGACGUCACUGAGCUCAGUCCGAUACUUCAUGAAAUGAUGGAAGAAAUCGAUUAUGACCAUGAUGGCACCGUCUCUCUGCAGGAGUGGAUUCAGGGAGGCAUGACGACCAUCCCCUUACUGGUGCUCCUUGGCUUGGAGAAUAAUGUGAAGGAUGACGGACAGCACGUUUGGCGACUGAAGCAUUUUAACAAGCCAGCCUACUGCAAUCUCUGCUUGAACAUGCUCAUCGGUGUGGGAAAGCAGGGCCUGUGCUGCUCCUUUUGCAAGUACACGGUCCACGAGCGCUGUGUGGCAAGAGCACCUCCUUCCUGCAUCAAGACCUACGUGAAGUCCAAAAAGAACACAGAUGUCAUGCACCAUUACUGGGUUGAAGGCAACUGCCCAACCAAGUGUGACAAGUGUCAUAAAAAUGUCAAAUGUUACCAAGGCCUGACUGGACUUCACUGUGUUUGGUGUCAGAUCACACUUCAUAAUAAAUGUGCCUCUCACCUCAAACCCGAGUGCGACUGUGGAAUCUUGAGGGACCAUAUCUUACCACCCACAGCAAUCUGCCCAGUGGUGCUGACUCUGCAAACUUCAGGAGUUUCAGUUCCUGAGGAUCGCCAAGGAACCGUGAACAAGGAUAAUGGAUCCUCUCAGCAGGCGAACAAAGCUGGAGACAAGAACAAGAUGCAGAGGGCCAACUCAGUGACUGUGGAUGGCCAAGGCCUACAGAUUACUCCAAUUCCUGGCACUCACCCAUUGUUGGUUUUUGUCAAUCCCAAGAGUGGUGGGAAGCAAGGAGAAAGAAUCUACAGAAAAUUUCAGUAUCUCUUAAAUCCUCGCCAGGUUUAUAGUCUUGCUACAAAUGGACCCAUGCCAGGGUUAAAUUUCUUCCGCGAUGUUCCUGACUUCAGGGUCCUGGCGUGUGGUGGAGAUGGAACAGUGGGCUGGAUUUUGGACUGCAUAGAGAAGGCAAAUAUAGCCAAGCAUCCUCCAGUUGCGAUCCUGCCUCUUGGGACUGGUAAUGACCUUGCCAGAUGCCUCAGAUGGGGAGGAGGCUAUGAAGGGGAGAGUCUGAUGAAAAUCCUCAGAGACAUUGAGAACAGCUCCCAGAUCAUGUUGGACCGAUGGAAGUUUGAGGUCACCCCAAAUGAUAAAGAUGAAAAGGGAGACCCAGUGCCUUACUCGAUCAUCAAUAACUAUUUCUCGAUUGGUGUGGAUGCCUCCAUUGCCCACAGAUUCCACAUUAUGAGAGAGAAACACCCGGAGAAGUUCAACAGCCGAAUGAAGAACAAGUUUUGGUAUUUUGAGUUUGGCACCUCGGAGACAUUUUCAGCGACCUGCAAGAGGCUGCAUGAAUCCGUGGAGAUCGAAUGUGAUGGCGUGCAGCUAGACCUAAUAAACAUCUCGCUGGAAGGAAUUGCUAUUUUGAAUAUUCCCAGCAUGCAUGGAGGAUCCAAUCUUUGGGGAGAGACCAAGAAAAGGCGUAGUCAUCGUCGAACUGAAAAGAAGGGAUCAGACAAGAGAACAACUGUCACUGAUGUUAAGGAGCUAAAGUUUGCAAGUCAAGAUCUGAGUGAUCAGCUGUUGGAGGUGGUUGGUCUAGAAGGUGCCAUGGAGAUGGGACAGAUUUACACUGGUCUGAAGAGUGCUGGCCGCCGCCUUGCUCAGUGCUCCUCAGUGGUCAUUAGGACAAGCAAGUCACUGCCAAUGCAGAUUGAUGGGGAGCCAUGGAUGCAGACCCCAUGUACUAUCAAAAUUACCCACAAGAACCAAGCCCCGAUGCUUAUGGGACCCCCACCCAAAACGGGGUUCUUCUGCUCUAUCGUCCGGAGGACACGGAACCGCAGCAAGGAGUGAGCCCAGCUGCCCGGGCCUUCGCCACCCAAUGGCGGUCCCGCGGGCUCGUGAACAUUCACUCUCGAAAGCUUCGACCCGUUUUGUCGUCUGUAUACGCUGCCAGCUCUUGGAAUUGGUUCUGCAGUGUCUGUGCCUGAGCUAAUGUACAAUUCUGCUAUUAGAACAUUUCUUGUCCCAGUUUUAGAGGCAUUUUGCAUGAAGAAAGCAGAUGUUUCCAUAAAGUGAUAUUGCAUAUAUCUGUGGCAUGCAUUCCCAUGGAUUUUUAUGUCUCUCUCCACGUUCGCUCCCACCCUAACCCUGCCCCCCUUCUGCAGCCCCUGCUUACUAACUUGUGGGAGUCGCCUGUUGUGAAACAUGAAAAGGGAACUACCCAAAGAAAUCAGUCCUCUCAGUAUGACCCCCCCUCUAUUAUCAAGCCCAGAUCAGUGAGACCAGGGUGAGGAUGGCACCCUCGGGCUGACUAGAGGCUUAAGUGAGAUGAUGGAUGCAAAGCGCUUUGUAGACCUUUAAACACACUAGUUAAAUGUGAGCUAUAAUGAUUAUUAUUAUGGUUAAUUAUUAUUAUUGUCUUUUUGGGAACCAAAUAUCCGAUCAAUGGUCUUUGACCUUGACUUCUAAGGGGCCUUUAAAAUCCCAGGUUUCAUUAAACGGUUAUCUGUCCUGUCUCACUGCUUGUCCUGUGCUUUCAAUCUUCUUCUAAACUCAACUGUGUAGUGUGUGAUUGAAAAGAGGGAAAUGGAUUGUCUAGUAAAUCUAGCAGAAGGCAGAUACUUCUGGGGAGAUGGAAAGCCAAGUUCUUUCUUCCAGAAAGAAAGGAAAGCAUUUGAUUCAGAACUAAAUUUGAUGACUGAGAAGAACCCUAAACCUCCCUGCCUCUGAACCCCUGUGAGAGCACCUCAUAUCACUUAUGUAACCAAGAACCAAGUGGACUUUGUAAACCAUGUGCCUAAUCAACUGCAUUUCCCACCAAAGAUUUAGUAAGAGAGGCCUGAGAGAAAUGGGUUAAUGCAUAAUUAAUCAGGCGCUGGGGAGCCAAUCCACUCCGGGAAAGUUACAAUUCUUUGAAUUGCUUUAGUGAUGGCUUAAAUAACACUAGAAGAGGAUAACCUGGCUAUUAAUUAUAAUUAAAAUGCUUUCUUUUGAUAGACAGAGCUCCAGAAUCUAUAGUCCCGGUUGCAGAAGGGCCUUCUUGGCUUCCUUGUUAUUCUUAAAUGGAUGGAUGUCUAUUUCGGUUAAGUGCAUCUGAGAAAGGAACCCAGAAGUGGUCUCAAGCCUUUUUUUAGUUGGGACUUUUGCUUGUUUCCAAUAUUAAGGUGAUGAGAGCAUGGAUCAUGCAUGUCCUUGGUUCUUGCCUCUGGGAGAUUUCUUAGAAACAUUUAGACCUGAUGCUACAGAGCUUUGCAUAGCCUAUCUAUCCCCUGUGGUGACCUGCGGUGUGUCCUAGGACAGUACCCAUCCCUAGCUGGUAGAAACUUAAGGGCACAAUGGAAUGCUUCCCCAAACAGCUAAGGUAUUGCUUCAUGUUGACCGCCAUUUCAUCCAAGACUGUUUUGUGUCUUCAAACAAGCUACAAGGAGAAAAUGUUUGAAACGCAUGAUGAGCUCUCUCUCUCUUUCUCUCUCUCUCUCUCUCUCUCUCUCUCUCUCUCUCUCUUCUCUCUCUCUGCAUUUAAGUGCUAAUGAUUUAUCAGUGCUAUUUUGUAUUGAUUCAAUUCAUCGUUGAAUAACAAAGAGCAUUUAGUCAUUUGGUUGAACUCAGUCAUCGUGUGCAUGGAUUUAUGGAUUCCCAAUGACAUUGCUUUCAUCUCUGUGCUUUGGUUGGAAGCCUAACUCAGCUGAGUGCUACUAGACCCUGGACCUAAGCCACACCCAUCUCUUAGGCUGAUAUUUUGGAAAAGAUCCUGUACCCAAGUCCCUUCUCUCAGUAUCCUCGAAGCCUCCAAGUCUAAUAACAAUAAACAAAAUGUCUUCAUGGGUUCUUGAAAGAGAA